AGACAGAAAGAGAAAGGGGAGGAGAAAGAGCUGUACGUCUCUCCUGUGUCAGCGUCACUGCCACGCCAGCAUUCGUCACCAGAAAACAACAAGGAAGAUCGUCGCACAACGGACCUCUAAAAAAAAAAAGGCAACCAUCAGCCACAGCAGCUCCUACUCCUCCUCCACCACCAGACGUGCAUCCACAGAUUAGGCCAAGACGGUUCUACGUUCCCCAGACACAGGCAUCUGCACGCUCCCCGGGCAGGAGGAGCUCUCCCAGGCAUGACCUGAGAGGAGUAGCAGGAAGCCAUUGGACGCGCGCUACAUCAACAUGGGCAACCAGGAGGCUAAGCAAAAGAAAGCUGCAGCAGCAUCAAGUAAUGGAAGCUACCCUUCACUGGAUGAAGGAUGGAGAGAGGGAGGAGGGGACACCACCAAAAAGGGAGGAAAGAAACUCCAAGGUAAGCAUGGAGGUAAAGGAGCAGGCAGCGGUGGAGGAGGAGGAGGAGGAGGAGGAGGGGGGAUGCAUGGCACAGGACCAGGAAAAAAGAAAAACAAAUCUGAGUCCAAGUCCUCGGUUUUCUCCAUCCGGAAGAGAAAGGGCAACCUGAAAGGGAAAGGAGGCGCGUGUUCGUCAGUAACGGGCUCAAAGGAGGACGUUUUAAUAUCUCAAAAUGACGAACUGGACAGCACAAAAACACCCGAAAUGUCUGCAGAUGAGCUCGGACAGUCGGACACUGAGCCUGAGAAGAAAAAGAAACCAGAGCCGAGGAGAAGGGAUGAACAUGGACGGGAGCAGAAGCAGGAGAUGCAGCGGAAAGCCUCGACAGCAGCAACGUCUCCCACGGAGGAUGGGAAGCAGAAGGGAGGGAGCUCGGGGUCGGACACAGAUAUCUACAGCUUCCACUCAGCAGCUGACCACGAGGAUCUACUAGCGGACAUCCAGCUCGCUAUACGGCUCCAGCAUGGCGGGGUUAACUCAAUUGUGGAUGCACAGGGAGGGGGCGAAAGGGAUCUGAGCUGGGCAGGAGGAGAGGGGAGGAGAAAGCAGAGUAACGGGGAAGUUAAACUUACUCCCCCUGAGGUGCUUGACCUGACUCCAGAAUUAGAACUGGGGUCUGAUGCCCUGUCCUUCCUGGACAUGGGAACGCUGUCGGACUCUGUCAAGCACACGGACCAGCCACCAGCACCACACCUCCCCUUCUACACAGAGGUGCACGAGAGGAGGGAGGAGAAGGAGGAUGAGGAGGGGGGGGUGGAGCAUCCGGAGCUAAAUGGGAAGGGGCAGGGGGAGAGAGAAGCCUCUCUUUGUGUCGCCACAGGCACAAAAGACCAGCAUGCUUGUGUGCAGCAGCAGCAGCCCCCUUACACAGCCAUUGCCAUGGCUACUGCUGGGGGGGCAGCAGUGAGUCCAGUCACCAUGACAACCGGUGGUAACAGCUUCCCUGAUCACCCAUUUGACAGUGCUGGGAAAACCCCAGGGGGUGAAGAGGAAGCAGGACGUGAAAAAGAGGAGGAGAAGGAGCCUGGGCUGGAUGUAGAUCUCAGUCCUCCACCCGCAGACAGCCACAACAAAAGUCCCGAACCCACCGAAGGGCUGAGCUCAGGGAACGUGUUUGAAGAAGGUGAGGGUCAGUUGGGCUCGGGUACAAGUGCAGAGUCCCUUGAGGACUGCCUGAGCGCUGGAUCCGAAUCCAACCACUCCGUUGCCGUCAGCACCAGCGCUUCCCAGGGCAGGAGGAGCAGCGUAUGCUUCACGUCGCUGCCUGUCCACGAGAGCCCCACGUCGGCCAAAAGACUCCUCAGGUCCACCCACUCCUCCACCUCCUCUAGCCCUGUGGUCAAACCCUACCCCCCCAUCUUUCCCUACUACAUCAAAACCACCACGAGACAGCUGAGCUCCCCAGGACACUCCCCAGCCCUUUCCCCCUCCCACAGCCCGCAAUCCCCCCGCAGAGCCCACCAUCACCUCCACAGGACGAUGGUGGAGGGUCAUCAAGUCCGCAAGCAGCGCUCUCGGAGUCUCGCUGGGUCUCUGAGUCGCUCGGCUGACUGGACGGAGGAGCUCGAGAGGAGGCUGAGGAGCAGAGAGGAGGAUGGAGUGGGUUCAGGAGAAUAUCUGGGGGGCUUCAGAGGAGGAGGCAGUCAGCCCCUCUGUGCCACCAGAAGAUCCUCCUGUGGACAGGUUUCUACCUGCGGCUUUCAGGACGUCUUUACAGGUCGAACUCUUCUGGAGAAGCUGUUCCUGCAGCGGCAGCAGCAACAGGAGGAGCCAGAGGAAGUUGAGAGGUUCUGUUCCAGGAUCUUGGCCAUGGGUCUCCUUCUGCCUUUCACUGACUGCUUCAGAGAGCAGCUGGGGGGCAGCACCGCCCUCAUCACCUCCGCAGCAUCAACCAAGUUUGACCAUGACCAGCUGUACACGUGGGCAGCGGUCAACCAGCCGACUCACUCCCUGGAUCCUCUUGAAGGGAAACUCCCAGGGCAGCUGAAGGGCCCCUGGCCCCCUGUCAAGCCGGGCGGAGACGACAGGACUGGACUCAAAUCCACAGAGGCAGAAGACAAUCAAGAACACCAUGCAGCAAUCUUGGGUUUGACACAACAGAAGGAGAGCCAAGAGGAGGAAUGUGUCUUUCCUUCAACCAAACUGAAGGAAAAACAUGUCAAUGUCAUCCAGCAGCUGGAGCAAACCAUAGAAGACCUCAGGACUAAGAUUGCCGAGCUGGAGCGCCAGCCCCCUCUGCUGGACAAGGACAGUGUGAAACCCAGCGCCUCCACCACGGACAAGGAGUGUGGAGGCGACGGGGACCUGCUGAGGGUGGUGUGCGACGCCCACCUGCAGACGGAAAGCGCCCACGCUCUGGGCUGCCUGGAGGCCAAGUCGGUGCAGACCUCGCCCAUGGACGGCAGCUUUAAGUUCAAAGUGCCUUGUAGCGAGCCUCCACCCAAGCAGGAUGGCUUCCAGUGUACAUGUCAGCUGCAGCCUCCACCUCCAUCUCCCCUCCCAGGAGGAGCACUACCUCCUCAAUCUUUAUCAGGACAGAUUGUGGCACCUCCCCCCCCACCACCUCCUCCUCCGCCGUUACCAGGAGGCUCAAUGCCAGCGCCCCCACCCCCAUUACCUCCUGGUUCAGCAGUUCCUCCACCACCACCUCCACUCCCCGGCGGCCUUGCUCCACCCCCACCCCCCCCGCCUCCUCCACUCCCUGGUGGCAUUGCUCCUCCCCCACCCCCGCCUCCUCCACUCCCUGGCGGCAUUGCUCCACCCCCACCCCCGCCUCCUCCUCUUCCUGGUGGCCUUGCUCCACCCCUCCUCCUGGGCUCUGGGCUCCUGCCUCCCCCUCUGCCGUUGGGGCUGUACGCUCUGGGUCUGACCCAGGAGAAGCCCCCCAGGAAGGCUGUGGUGGAGCCACCCAGACCCAUGAAGCCCCUCUACUGGACCAGGAUCCAGCUGAACACCAAAAAUGACUGCACAGCAGUGGUUUGGGAGACCCCGAGGGGGCCUAAAUUGGAUUUUGAGGAGUUUUUUGGAGUUUUUCCCCAAAAAACACCCGUAAAGGGGAAAAAAAAAAAGGGCCGCUCUCGGACCGAUCCCCAAGCCCCCAAGGCCAAACAGGUUGUGAAGCUACUAAACAAUAAGCGUUCUCAGGCUGUGGGCAUCCUCAUGUCCUCUCUGCAUCUUGACAUGAAAGACAUCCAGCAUGCCAUCCUGAACUUGGACAACACAGUAGUUGACCUGGAGACCCUGCAGGCCCUCUUUGAAAAUAGGGCACAACAGGAGGAGCUGGACAAGAUUGAAAAGCACAUCAAGUCCUCCAAAGACAAGGAGAACGCCAAACCUCUGGACAAACCUGAGCAAUUUCUCCACCAGCUCUCCCUCAUCCCAAACUUCUCCGGCAGAGUCUUCUGCAUCCUCUUCCAGUCCAGCUUCUCUGAGUGCAUGUCGUCUAUAAUGAAGAAACUGGACACACUGCAGAGGGUAUGCAAGGCGUUGAAGGACAGUAAGACGGUGAAGCAGGUUCUCGGCCUGGUUCUGGCUUUCGGUAACUUCAUGAAUGGUGGAAACAGGAGCCGAGGCCAAGCGGAUGGCUUCACCCUCGACAUCCUGCCCAAACUUAAAGAUGUCAAAAGCAGCGACAACACGAAAAGUCUUCUCGCUUACAUUGUCGCAUACUACCUCAGACAUUUCGAUGAGGAUGCUGGUAGAGAGACGUGUGUGUAUCCUCUCCCCGAGCCUCACGACCUGUUUCAGUCUUCACAAAUGAAAUUUGAAGACUUUCAGAAAGACCUGAUUCGACUCAGGAAGGACCUGAAAGCGUGCACAACAGAAGUGGAAAAGGUGUGCAAGGUUUCAGACGAGGAGGACCUGCAGCCUUUUAAAGACAAGAUGGAGGACUUCCUCGCACAAGCUAAAGGUGAACUGGAGACCCUGGAAGCUCAACUCAGCAGCACUCACAAACUGUUCCUGGAGCUUACAGUGUUCUUCUCCGUGAAGGCCAAGGCAGGAGAGAAGGAGGCUUCCCCCAACACUUUAUUCUGCAUCUGGCACGAGUUCUCCUCCGACUUCAAGGAACAGUGGAAGAAGGAGAACAAAGUCAUUCUCAAGGAGAGGUUGAAAGCAGCAGAAGAGUCUUUCCGACAGGCCAAGGAGAAGGCGUCCUACAGCGUCAAACCCAAACAUGCCUCUGGCAUCAAAGCCAAGCUUGGCAUGAAGAUUUAACUCAGUGGACUUGGAAGGCUUGUUUUGCCAACUUUGGGCACCAGUCGAGAGUCACAGACACAAAAAGUAUGAAGAGGACCGAAGAGAAAUUGAAGGGAUGUAUGUGCAGCUGAGCCAACUCAAGGACAUCUUGUAUCAUUGAUUUAUUUCUUCCAGGUGAAUUUGUUUUGUGUGCUCUGUCGGCUUGAUGCCUGACGUUGCUCUCCUCACCAGCUGUCUGUUAAUUGAAUCCAACAUAAUCAUGGAUGGAUGCUGCUGCAGGGCCACCAGGCACCAUGUGUUGUUGGGAUCGCCACAGCUCAAAAACACUAUAUAUAUAUAUAUAUACUGUAUAGUAUACAUCAGCUGGAAUAAUAACAUAUGCCUAUAUGCCUUCAUUUAUAGAAUACCAAAUUAAGAUCUUUAGGCAAACAGUUUAACUCAACUCACGUCAUGAAUAGCAUCGACAACCGGGGCUUGUUAACCAGAUUUGAAAGCUUAAUGGAGAUACCAGCAAAAGAGUCAGGAGGCUGCAAGGCAAAACAGUGUUCAUCUGCAGUUAGUUUGGAUCCAUGGAAGCACAUUUUCCAGGGUAAAGCCUGUCAUGUGGUGCGUGGCUCACCCGCAGGUUUUUUUAAUUAAUAUUUUAAGCCUUUAAUGACAGGACAGCUGAAGAAGUAAAAGGGUAGAGAGAGGGGGAACGACAUGCAGCAAAGGGCCGCAGGUCGGAGUCGAACCCGGACCUGCUGAGUCGAGGACUAAACCUCUAUAUACAGGCACCCGCUCACCCAACUGAGCUACCCGGGCGCCCAGGGUGCCCACUCAUUGUGCGUUGUCGUUCUCGAAAUCCCUUCGUUAGUGAAACAACAACAACAAACAUCGAGCUAGCAAGAUCCAGAAAAUGUCACGUUUUGAAGAGAAUUGUGGAUGGAGCAACAAGGCAAGCCUGCUUUGUUUAUUUGGGAAAUGAAUAUAAUGAUUUGCAAAGAACAUGUUUAUGGCAUUUCUUCUAAUGCCUAACCGGGACGUUUUGGGACCAAUUGGUGGGAUUACUGUGGACGGAGAUACACUGGUAAGAGCUAAUGAGGUUCAAGCAUGUAUCCAACUAAUUUAAAUAGCUCACGUUACUGUGUUGUGUCAACAGUUAACUUCAUUUAAUAUUGGAUGUGGAGUUUUCUUUUGCGGGGUGCAAAUGUUGCAACAAAUCGAGUUCAUUCAAGACCAUUUUUGCAGAGCCACCGCCACUACAGAGCGCCGCCCAAGAUAACUGGGAUUAGUUUAAAGAGAAGUUUAUUUUCUCCUAUUCCAGAAUGUAUCUGUGGUGUAGCCGAACCUUACUCCACAGUGCUGGGGGGACAGCUAGACUAAUCUGCGGUAACACUGAUAAAUCUAACCGGGCACAAAUAUGCACUCAGAUGUGUCAUUUAAUCACAUUUAUGUUUAAUGAAGACCAUACACAUUUGAUUUACUUUUCUACACAACGUACAUUCAACAUAUCUGUUACGUAAACAUCAGCAUGCAAAAUCUCAAUAUGGACCGGAGAAAAGUGGCCAUUUGUCAAGCACUUUAUGUUUUUGCUGAUAAUUCCUCAACUGCGAUGCGUACAAGAAAAAUAUUUUUUCUUGAAUUGUUGGUUCAAGAUUCCUUUUUUUCCCACUAUUUUUUUUUUCUUCACUCUUACAAUUUUCAGAAGAUUUCUUGGUUUUUCUGAACUUGUCAUGGGAUUACGAAGCAUUUCCCAGUAAAUCCACAGAGCCGUGCCUGCUGGCUUGUAUAGAAAUCCUAAAAUCUCAGCAGCAACUGACGUAAGAAAGGAGGUCGAGAGUGACCGGUGUUGAAUGGCAGAACUUGUAGACACUCGGUGAUGUAUUGUUGUUGUACUGUCCAACAUUUUCAAAAUGCUAUUUUGAAAAGUGACAGAAAUCUGGGUUAGAUUGCAGACACGUCCUUCUAAAUGCCGCAGUAAAUCGCCUCACAUCGAGCACACGCUACAUAGGCUUUUACAACACACACACACUCACACAAUGCUGUUAUUGAUUCUUCAUCCUGAUCCCUUCAGAUUUAGCCUCUCAGUUGAGAAAUAAACACAGAAUGCACUUAACAUAAAUGGGCUGAAGAAUGUCACUGUAAACUUACAUGUGUAAUUUUAAUGUGCUGUUCAAUGAUAUGCCAUAUCAUACCACAUAUACCUUAGGGUGUGUGUGUGUGUGUGUGUGUGUGUGUGUGUGUGUGUGUGUGUGUGUGUGUGUGUGUGUGUGUGUGUGUGUGUGUGUGGUGUGUGUGUGCGUGUGUGUGGCGUGUGUGUGCGUGCGUUCAACUGUGGUUGAAAAUUAUGUGCUGACAGAUGUGCAUAGUGCGUUAAAUUACCGCCAUUGAAUUGUGUUGCAGAAUUACUGACUAUCAAUGUAAAGUAAUAAAUUGUUUGAAAAAAAAAAAGUAUUAUGAGACACUUUUUGUGUUUCUUUCAUUGAUGUCCUUGUAAGCUGGCCAGCAUGAUACUCUCAACAGGAACUUUACUACGUUUGAACAGUUUCAUGUGCAAUAAAUGUUUAUACAUGUACUGUGUAUGAAGAGGAUGCAUGGCGUCGGAGAGUGGUGUAAUUUAUGUAAAAUAAAGAACGAAUUCUGCAUUA